UUUUCUCUCUCUCCCAGUCUCCACUCAAAACCACACCCUCUCUCACUUUUUUCCCUCAAACUCCCUAUACUUUCUCACUGACUAAUUUUCUUCACUCUUGUGACGUCGUAUUCGCCAUUCUCCCCCCUAACCUAGAAGAACAACCCUAAUUUUUUAUCUUCCAAACAAUACAACACAUAGAAAAAAAACAAAACAAAACAAAUCAACCCUUUUUUUUUUCUUCUUAAUUAGCCAUGGAAUCACCCAGCUCUUCCCCAAUUUUCCCACAAUUCACCUUCGACAACAACAACUCCGACCACUUCAUCGUGGAGGACCUCUUGGACUUCUCCAACGAUGACGUUGUCAUCACCGAUGCCACCUUUGACUCCAUCACUACUGACUCUUCCACCGUCACCACCACCGUCCACAGCUGCAACUCCUCCUCCUUCUCUGGCUCCGACCCCAAUACCGUCCCUGAUAUUGGUAGCCGGAAUCUCUCCGAUGGCCAUUUUUCUGAUGACCUCUGCGUUCCGUAUGAUGACAUAGCGGAGUUAGAAUGGCUUUCGAAUUUCGUGGAGGAGUCGUUUUCGAGCGAGGACUUGCAUAAGAUGCAGCUGAUAUCAGGCAUGAAUGCGCAAAACAACGACGUAUCAGAGGCCCGCGAGUUCCACUACGAGCCCACCACCACUAGAAGCGGGUCCCACACCCCAGAGCCCACCAGAAACAGCCCAAUAUUCAAUUCGGAAGUGUCGGUUCCAGCCAAGGCCCGCAGCAAGAGGUCCCGUGGGCCCCCUUGCAACUGGGCAUCGCGCCUCCUGGUCCUGUCCCCAACGUCGUCGUCCUCGGAUAACGAGGUCGUCGUUCCAUCUCCCGCCACUGCCGAACCCUGUCCGACUCCGGCGAAAAAAAUGGCAAAGGUCGGGCCGAGGAAGAAGGACAGUAGCAGCAGUGACGGAAACGGCAGUGGUGGGGACGGGCGCAGGUGCUUGCACUGCGCCACGGACAAGACCCCGCAGUGGCGGACCGGGCCCAUGGGCCCGAAGACUCUCUGCAACGCUUGUGGCGUGAGGUACAAGUCGGGCCGGCUGGUGCCCGAGUACAGGCCCGCGGCAAGCCCAACAUUUGUUCUGACUAAGCACUCCAACUCGCACCGCAAGGUGCUGGAGCUGCGAAGGCAGAAGGAAAUGGUGCGGUCCCAGCAACACCACCACCAGCAUCAACAACAGUUUCUACAACACCACCACCAUAACCAUCACCACUAUCAACAUCACCAGAACAUGAUGUUUGAUGUAUCCAACGGUGACGAUUACUUGAUCCACCAAUACGUGGGCCCCGAUUUCAGGCAGCUUAUCUAGUAGGUGCUAGUGUAGGACAGCAGCGGUGGAGCCUCGGGUAAUUUUAAUUUGUAGCGGAGUUAUUAUAUAUGUUCAUUAGAGAGUUCUUCUUGUUCAUUAUUUGUUUCUUUCUUUCUUUUUCAUUCAUAAUUUUUGAGUUUAUGUAGACAUGUCUCAUGGGGACUCUGGUUAUUUCUUGAAGCCGUUUCUGUCUAGGCCAUAUUUUGGUAGACUCGAUCGAGAGGUUAAUUAAUUACUCAAAAAUUCAAAAUUUCCCCUACUUCUUAUGGUUUGAUAUUUUGCAAUGUUAUUCUGACUUUUAGUGCUUUUAUUAUUUUA